CCGCAGCCGCCGCGCUCCGCCCCGGCCCGGCGCUGGGAGGCCGUCCCGCCCGGCCCGGCCCGCGGACAGCCGGGCACGCCGGUAGUCGCGGAAGUGCAGCGCUGGCUGUGAGCCUGCCGCCGCCGCUAAGGCCGCCCCUGCAGCGUGCAACAUGGCGCUGGUGCCCUGCCAGGUGCUGCGCGCCGCCAUCCUCCUGUCCUAUUGCUCCAUCCUGUGCAAUUACAAGGCCAUUGACAUGCCCGCGCAUCAGACCUAUGGAGGCAGCUGGAAAUUUCUGACCUUCAUAGACCUGGUUAUCCAGGCUGUCUUCUUUGGGAUCUGCGUAUUGACUGACCUUUCCAGUCUUCUCACUAAAGGAAAUGACAGUCAAGAACAAGAAAGACAGCUGAAAAAACUCAUUUCCCUCCGUGACUGGAUGAUGGCUGUUCUGGCUUUCCCCAUUGGUGUGUUUGUUGUGACGAUGUUUUGGAGCAUCUAUAUCUAUGACAGGGAACUGGUUUACCCAAAGCUGCUUGAUAAUUUCAUACCAGCAUGGCUAAAUCAUGGAAUGCAUACAACAGUUUUGCCCUUUAUAUUAAUCGAGAUGAGAACAACACAUCAUCAGUAUCCCAGCAGGAGCUGUGGACUGGCUGCAGUGUGCACCUUCGCUGUUGGCUAUAUUUUAUGGGUGUGCUGGAUUCACCACGUUACAGGAGUGUGGGUGUACCCGCUUCUUGAACACCUAAGCCCAGGUGUCAAAAUAAUCUUUUUUGCAGCUGUUACUGUAAUAAUUAACAUUUUCUACGUGAUGGGAGAGGUCCUGAACAACUACAUUUGGGAUACUCAAAAAUGUAUUGAAGAAGAAAAAGAAAAGCCAAAAUUGGACUGAACAAUAGAUGCAACAUGGAGGCUUGCUCGUGGCUCCAUGGAAGAUUUCUCAUCCCCAACAGAGGUUGGCACAGAGAGGAAUCUUUUGGAAAUAAGGCAGAUAAUGGGCCCUCUGCUCAGUGCAAGGAUAUUUUGGGGGUUUAUGUGGAGGGAAAAUUGUUUUAGCUAAGAAUAAUAAUUAUGUUUAAACCUCCAUUCCUAUUUCUCCAUGAUUGCAUGUGACAUACACAUUUAAGAUGUAUACUUAUCUCCAUGGCAUUCUCAACAUGCUUUUCUUGCAUCAAGUAAGCCAUUAAAUCAUUAAGUCAUUAUGGCUUUCCAUUUCCACCAAGAAGAACAAGACCAUUCUUUGUAUUGUUUGAGAAAAACUUAACCAGAUAUGUCUAAUAUGGGGAACGAAACAAUCCAAUGUAUUUCCAAGUAUAGUGUAAAAAUAUAUUUAAAGUUAAUUGCAUGAAUGUAUCCAAAGAAGAAUUCAGUAUGACUGAAGCGUGACAUAGAAACGUAACAUGAUGUGAAGUUGCCUUAAAUUGGUGAUGUUAAUAAUUUUAUCAAUCCAGUAAGAUUUUAUUUGCCAUGUUGGACUAUCUGAAAAUGAUGCAACGUUUCUUAAUAAUGCCUAAAUAAAGAUCAAGUUAUCCCCAA